CCGGCUGUCACCUCGCGUCAUGGCGCCCGUUGCUGCCAUUUUAUAAUCAAGCUGUUCUCCUGCCACUCGAAUCUCGCUCUUUCCGGUUCGUAUUCUCGCAAAGAUGCCGUCUGUCACGCUAAAGGACGUAGAGCAGCAAAAAUUUGUGAAGGCCUUUGCAGCCUUCCUAAAAAAAACUGGCAAGAUGCGUGUGCCAGAAUGGGUGGACAUCGUGAAGACGGCGAAAUUCAAGGAACUGGCGCCGUACGAUCCCGAUUGGUACUACAUCAGGUGCGCGGCCCUGGUGCGUCACAUCUACAUUCGCAGCCCGAUCGGAGUCGGCGCCGUCACCAAGAUCUUCGGCGGGCGCAAACGCAACGGCACCCAUCCCAGCCACUUCUGCCGGUCGGCGGGCGGUGUCGCGCGCAAGGCGCUCCAGAGCUUGGAGCAACUGAAGCUGAUCGAGAAGGCGCCCCUCGGGGGACGCAAACUCACCAGCCAAGGGCGCAGGGACUUGGAUCGGAUUGCCGCGCAAGUUAAGGCUAAGAGCAAAAAGCAGCUCAAGCUGCAGGAAAUUGUGAUGUAAUAUUCUUUUACGUUUCUGUAAUAAAACACUAUGAUAAAUAUUUGAACGUUA